GCGGAGGCGGAACUCCGGCCGCGGUAUUUCCGGAGCCGCGCUGCUCACGCAGCUGGCUUCGGGCUCAAGUCUGCGGCCUCCCGGCUCCCGGCGUGGACGCCAUGGUGCUGUUCCCGGUUAUCGGGAAGCUGCUGCACAAACGCGUGGUGCUGGCCAGCGCCUCUCCACGCCGCCAGGAGAUCCUCAGCAACGCGGGUCUCCGGUUUGAGGUGGUCCCCUCCAGGUUCAAAGAGAAGCUGGACAAAGCCUCCUUCGCCACGCCGUAUGGGUACGCCAUGGAGACCGCCAAGCAGAAGGCUCUGGAAGUGGCCAACCGCAUGUACCAGAAGGACCUGCGAGCCCCGGACAUGGUCAUCGGAGCAGACACGAUUGUGUUUCAUUUCCGGAAAACAGCUGACUUCUGUGAAUGGUUCAGUGAGGUUAGCAGACCUGACUCACACGGCGGGAACCAACUCCCUCCUUUCCUCUCGCAGACCGUGGGGCGGCUCAUUCUGGAGAAGCCGGUGGACAAGCAGGACGCCUACAGAAUGCUGUCACAGUUGAGUGGCAGAGAACACAGUGUGUGCACAGGUGUGGCGAUCGUCCAGUGCUCCAGCCAAGACAAUAAGCUGGACACCAGGGUCUCGGAAUUCUACGAGGAAACGAUGGUGAAGUUCUCGGAGCUGUCGGAGGACCUGCUCUGGGAAUACAUCCACAGUGGGGAGCCCAUGGACAAGGCAGGCGGCUACGGGAUCCAGGCUCUCGGCGGGAUGCUGGUGGAGUCGGUGCACGGGGACUUCCUCAAUGUCGUCGGCUUCCCGCUCAACCACUUCUGCAAGCAGCUGUUGCAGCUGUACGACCCGCCCCGGCCGGAGGACCUGCAGCGUGUCAAGCACGGCUCCAUCCCGGCCGUGGACACCUUCGAAGACCUCAGUGACGUGGACGAAGGCGGCCCGGCGCCCACUCGGAGGGACAAGGCUGAGGCUGGAGUGGCCAGAGACGCCACAGCAGAGGCUGAGGGGAACAGGACCUGUGAGACCCUGCCCCCGUUCCCCACACGCCUCCUGGAACUCAUCAAUGGCUUCAAAACAUCGAAGGCCCUAUUCACCGCCUGCAAGCUGAAGGUGUUUGAUCUGUUAAAAGACGAAGCUCCCCAGAAGGCCGCGGGCAUUGCCAGCAAAGUGGACGCCUCUGUGUGCGGCACGGAGAGGCUUCUGGACUUCUGCGCAUGCCUGGGGUUCCUGGAGAAGUCAGAGCAAGGUUACAGUAACACAGAGGCGGCAAACCUCUACCUGACGUCGGAUGGUGACUGGUCUCUUCAUGGCUUCAUCAUGUACAGCAGUGAGGUCACCUGGAACCUCUUUACGCACCUGGAGUUCGCCGUCCGAGAGGGAAGAAACCAGCACCACCGGGUGCAGGGGAAGAAGGCGGAAGAUGUGUUCCAGGACGUGCUCUACCAGAGCCCCGAGACGCGGCUGUGGUUCAUGCAAACCAUGCAUGGCCUGUCCAAGCUGAAUGCGCGGUACAUAGCCACCGCCUUCGACCUGUCUGGCUUCUCCUCCGCCUGCGACGUGGGAGGCUGCACGGGCGCGCUGGCCCAAGAGCUGGUCCGGGAGAACCCGCAUCUGCAGGUGACCGUGUUCGACCUCCCCGAAACCAUCGAGCUGGCCGCACACUUCCAACCCGCCGGGCCGCAGGCGGCUCAGGUCCAAUUCGCUGCCGGUGACUUUUUCCGGGACCGCCUCCCCCCCGCAGACCUGUACAUCCUAUGCCAGAUCAUCCAUGACUGGCCGGAUGACAGAGUUCACGAGAUACUCAGCAGGGUCGCCCAGAGCUGCAAGCCAGGGGCCGGCCUGCUGCUGGUGGAGACACUGCUGGACGAAGAGAAGAGGGAGGCCCGGGUCGCCCUGCUGCAGUCGCUGAACAUGCUGGUGCAGUUGGGGGGCAGGGAGCGGAGCCCGGGCGAGUACCAGUGCUUGCUAGAGCAACACGGCUUCUGCCAGGUGCAGGUGGCACACUUGGGGGGUAUCCUGGAUGCCAUGCUGGCCACCAGAGUGGGUCCCUGAAACCCAGGCAGCAUGCUCAUGAUAGGGACACCCUCCCGCAGGCUGCAGGGGGCCGCCCCAUCCCCAGCUGCCACAGGACAGUCACAGAAACAUGCAGUCGUGGGUGAAUAAAGAAAGCAAAAGCCUG